AUGGAAAGCGGUACUGUAGCCGUGCCUUACCUAGGCUCAGUUUCCAUCGAAACCUCUCGCCGUUCACCCCGGCCUGGUCCUCAAUCCAGCAAGCGCCGUACCGUUCCUCGCUCAGUUUCACAGCAACCGCAAGUCACCACCCAUACUCCACAGUCGGCAGUAUGUGUCUGUACCGUACCUAUGCUCAGUUUCACAGAGAACACGCAUUCCCCUGUCAUGUCUAUCUCUUCCCCGUUCUAUUCUACUGUCCCCAAUUUUCCCACUCCCUUGACCCCUUCUCGCAUGCUCGCUCACGCAACCGCCCAUACUUUCAGCACCGUGUGGUUUGCUUCAUUCUCUGCAGAGAAGAUUGCUCUCUUCUCGCUCAAAUCCUCAUCUUCUGUUCCAACUCUCAUUAUAUUCUUUUGCUUCCCCUUUCUCCCCGUCACCGUCACAGCCGUUCGUCGACAAAGGAAGUACUGCACACUCUGGUAG